AGCCGCGCCUGCGCAGUGCCGCACUUGGCCUCGGGGUGAUCGCUGUGCUUGGGGGAAGAAUAAUAACGGACAACGAGCUAACAAUGGCGACGGCGGCGACUGCAGCGGGAACAGCGGGUUCGGGAGGACCAGCAGUCGGCCAGGGGGGUGGCGGCAGUAGUAGCAGUCUCUCGGUCGGCAGAAAGAAAGAUGGCGGCCCCUCCGCGAAGUUCUGGGAAAGCGGAGAGACGGUCUCUCAGCUGGAGUCGGUUCGCCUGUGGAUAGGGAAACACUAUAAGAAGUACGUACAGACAGACUCUCCAUCCAGCAAGUCCCUGGCUGGCCUGGUUGUGCAGCUGCUACAGUUCCAAGAAGAUGCCUUUGGCCGGAGGGUCAACAAUCCCGCCCUCACCAAGCUGCCUGCAAAGAGCUUCCUGGAUUUCAAGCCAGGGGGCGCCCUGUGCCACAUUCUGGGUUCUGUUUACAAAUUCAAGAGCGAACAGGGAUGGCGACGCUUCGACCUGCAGAACCCGUCCAGGAUGGACCGGAACGUAGAGAUGUUCAUGAACGUGGAGAAGACGCUUGUGCAGAAUAACUGCUUGACACGGCCCAUUGUGUUCCUGGUACCGGACAUGGAGCAGAAGCUGGCUGCCAAGCUAAAGGACAUUGUUAAGAGACACCAGGGCUCUGUCACUGAAGAUAAGUCCAAGGCCACCCAUCACAUCUACCCAUCGCCUCCUCAGCAGGAGGAAGAGGAGUGGCUGCGUCCCGUUAUGAGGAAGGACAAGCAAGUGCUGGUGCACUGGGGCAUGUACCCUGACAGCUAUGACACAUGGGUGUCAGCCAGUGAUGUGGAGGGUGAUGUAGAAGAUCCACCCAGCCCAGACAAGCCCUGGAAGAUCCAUGCCAAGUGGAUUCUGGACAUGGACGCUUUUAAUGAGUGGAUGAAUGAAGAGGACUACGAGGUGGAUGAGAACCGGAAGCCUGUGAGUUACCGUCAGCGCAUCUUUCCACGGGAGGAAGAGUCUUCCCGUACACCUGAUCGCAAGGAGCGCAAAGCCGCCGUAGCUAAGAAGAGGAGGCGUUCCCCGUCCCCCCCCGCCGAGUCCCGCAAGAAGGGGGGCAAGAAGGGAAACUCGGGGCCGUACUGGAAGAGGCGUGGCCAUCGCGAAGAGGAAGAGCCAGAGGAAGACCUCACAAAGGACCUGGAGGAGCCUACUCCAGUCCCCAACAUGGAGGAGGUCACCCUCCCCAAAAACGUGAACCCCAAGAGGGACAGUGAGAACACUCCAGUGAAGGGCGGCACAGUGGCAGACCUGGACGACCAGGAAGAUGAUUCUAUGGUUUCCGGGGGCAAGGAUGAGGAUGAGGGCAAGACGGAGGUGAAUCGCUUGCUGGACCAUGGGGAAGACAACGUGACAGAGCAAACUCACCAUAUUAUCAUCCCCAGCUACGCUGCCUGGUUCGACUACAACUGUAUCCAUGAAAUUGAGAGGAGGGCCCUCCCAGAGUUCUUCAACGGCAAGAACAAAUCCAAAUCUCCAGAGAUAUACCUGGCCUAUAGGAACUUCAUGAUAGACACAUACCGCCUCAACCCUCAGGAGUACCUCACCUCUACCUCCUGCCGCCGGAACCUCACGGGGGACGUCUGUGCCAUCAUGAGGGUGCACGCCUUUCUGGAGCAGUGGGGGCUGAUUAACUACCAGGUGGAUGCAGACAGCCGGCCUCUGCCAAUGGGGCCCCCGCCCACCCCCCACUUCAACGUACUGGCAGAUACUCCUUCAGGCCUGAUGCCAUUGCAUCACCGCCCCCCUCAGUUGCCAGCUGCUCAGCAGAUGCUCAGCUUUCCUGAGAAGUUCAAGGACAAGCCCAUUGACCUGCAAAACUUUGGCCUUCGUACAGAUGUCUAUGCAAAGAAGAACCCCAAGAGUAAAGGAGCCAGUGCGGGCAGGGAGUGGACUGAACAGGAAACCCUCUUGCUGCUGGAGGGCCUGGAGAUGUACAAGGACGACUGGAACAAGGUGUCGGAGCACGUGGGCAGCCGCACGCAGGACGAGUGCAUCCUGCACUUCCUGCGGCUGCCCAUCGAGGACCCGUACCUGGAGAACUCGGACGCCUCUCUCGGGCCGCUGGCCUACCAGCCCGUGCCCUUCAGCCAGUCGGGGAACCCCGUCAUGAGCACGGUGGCCUUCUUGGCGUCCGUGGUGGAUCCCCGCGUGGCGGCCGCUGCAGCCAGGGCCGCCUUAGAGGAGUUCUCCCGUGUGCGGGAAGAAGUGCCGACUGAGCUGGUGGAAGCUCACGUGAAGAAGGUGCGAGAUGCCGCCCGCAGCACGGGGAAGCUGGACCCCGCCUUCGGCCUGGAGAGCAGCGGCAUCGCUGGCACGGCGCCGGACGAGCCGGAGAAGACCGAGUCUUCUGACCCUGAGAAGAUGGAAACAGACUCUGAAUCUCAGCCAGCUGACAAGGCCGAGGCAGAGAAACCGGCGGAAUCUGCAGAGGGAGAAAGGACGAAGAAUGAGGCACCGGAGCCACCAGCUGACCCGGAGGAAGAAAAUGAAGGAGGAGAGGAGGGAGAGAGUGAGAGAACGGAGGAAGGCAAGGCUUCGGUUGGCACUUUAGAUAAAGAUAAGGAAGAGACCAUGGACACGUCAGAAGACCCCAAGGAGGCGGAAGAAGAGGAAAACCAGAAGAAGUUGGUGCAUGAUGUCGGAGAGGGGAACAUCGCCACUGCAGCAGCUGCAGCUCUGGCCUCCGCGGCCACCAAGGCCAAGCAUUUGGCUGCGGUGGAGGAGAGAAAGAUCAAGUCUCUGGUCGCCCUGCUGGUGGAGACACAAAUGAAGAAACUGGAGAUCAAGCUGAGGCACUUUGAAGAGCUGGAGACCAUCAUGGACAGAGAAAAGGAAGCGCUGGAGCUGCAGAGACAGCAGCUCCUGACUGAGCGCCAGGCCUUCCACAUGGAGCAGCUCCGGUACGCGGAGAUGAAGGCGCGCCAGCAGCACGAGCAGCAGGGCAUUGCCCACAACCAUGGCGGCCCCCCUGGCCCUGCCAUGCCCCCCGGGCCCCCACCUGGCAUGCAUGGGCAUCCGGCCCCAGGAUACCACUCCAUGCAUCAUCCCAUGGGCCCCCACCACCCCAUGCAGACAGCAGGUCCUAUGGGGGUGCCAGGUCAAGGCAUGCCAGGCCGCAUGAUGCCCGGGCCUCCCCCCAGUGCCCCUCCCCAGCCCGGCAUGCCCCCUAUGAUGGUGCCAAGGCACCCUGCAGCCCCCAAUGGCAUGUAUCCGGCCCCGCCCCCCUCCCAGCCCGAUGGGAUGCCCCCAGGCCCCGUGGGACCACCAGUGGGUUCUGCUUCCCGCCCAGUUGAGAACUAAACCUCACGCUUCCUCAUGCAAGAACCCUUGCACCUGUUCUAAACCCCAAGGACCUUCUUAAAAUGGCCCUGCCAUACACCCCCCCCCUCCAGUGCCUGACAUCUAGUGCCCUGUGUGUGGACUUGUGCUGUCCGCUGAUCCUCCACACUUAACACCCCCCCCCCAUGGCAUUCGGAUAAGCAUGGAGGUCAUGCAGGAAACUGGGUCCCCAUCCCAUUUAGUACUGACACUGGCUGUUCUCCUGUUGUCCCAGUGAAGGGAUACAGGGGGCAGCAGAGAGCACGGCUCUGGCAGUUGGGCAGUCAGAGUUGUGUUGGUCCUGUUCUUCCCUGAAAUGUGAGUUUGUGAGUGUCAUUUCCUGCUUGGUGCAGACCCUCUCGGUCACAUAAGCUAGCUUGGGAGAGCACUAGGAAGCGCUGAUUGCCCCCCCCUGCCCGCUCGGUGCCUCUUCCUAUUUCUUUCCUUCAGUCAUACUGUAGAGGUGCUGGGAAUGCCAGUUUUCUGUGUGUGUCCUCCAUGCUGUGUGUGUGUGUGUGUGUGUCUGUGCGCGCGUGUGUGUGUGUGUGGUGGGGGAGGGGAACAACGUAAACGUGUCAUCUGCCUUCAGGGGCGGGUGAUUAGUUUUCUGCUUUCGCGCCCCAUCACUGUGUCACUGUGAGGACCAUGGUGGACCUUUGACCUUUACUGAUAUGGUCUGCCUGGGUUUAAGGUUUGACUUCCCCCCCCCAUGGAGUGUAGGAGGAUCUGUACCUCAAAUGCUCCCCCCACAUCUGUAGUCUUCCUGCUUUAUACUGGUGUGGUUAAGGGCAACAAUCAGAACCUGUAGCACCC